GGAAUCACUUUGACCAGUAUGAAGAGGGCCAGCUGGAGCUGGAGCAGGCGUCCUUGGACAAGCCCAUCGAAUCGGUAAGGCUGCAUCCAUCAUCCCAAAUCAUUGGACCAGCUGUGAGAGUGGUUAUGAUUGGUCCAGGAAGAAAUUUAUUUAAAAAAAUAAAUAAACACACAUACACCUUUUUACUCCAUUCAUUCUGUCCAUGUAGAUGCAUCCAGUGUUUUCCUGAACGCAUCUGCCACGUAACCUGUAGAAUCACUUGUCUCAUGUCUAUUAAUACCCUUAAAGUCCCACCCACUUCCCAUGUCCUCUGCCUACUCCAUUUCUUGUGUGACAGUUAAAAUGAUUAUGCAUAUGCUAGAUCUUUGUGUUUUUAUGUAGAGCUUACUGAUAAAAAAAAAAAAAAAUUGUAUCAGUUUGUAUCAGUCUCCCAUUAGUCAUUGUUAGUCAUCUUAGCACUGAGAUGACUAAAAGCACAAAGUGGAUAAAGCACUGUUGUCAACAAGCUGUUAUCGAAGCACUUAAGCAGUCUAUGAAUUUUAAACACAGAAAAAUCCGUAUUUGGACAUGACCAAAUUAUAUUACACCAUACACCUGCUUUGGCAUACAGAGCUGUGCAUUUUUGGUAUCCUUCUAUGCUGUGAUCCAGUGGUGAUCGACCCACACAACCUAUAUAAAUAUGAAUUAUUUUACACAUCUUGAGACAAGAAACAAGUUUGAAAUUGACGUAAAAAAAGUUUAAAUGGAGUUUACAACACUGGAUUGGAAUUGGUUUGCGGUGGCCCAAAUAUAAACAUCAUGCAGUGCUUAUUCCACAUCAUUUAGCAAACAAGAGAGCACACAUUAGAUGGUAUGAAUGGCUACAUUUGUGUUUGAGAGAGAGCGAGAGAUUGUGUGUCUAUGUAGUUUUAGAAUUCAUGUGUUAGUGUAUAGUGUUUGUGUCUAUAGGACAGUUAUCUUAUUGUACACAACUUGGGGUGUUCGACAUUUCUCUCCCGCAGCGAAUUGGCCCCUAUUAGCUAAGCAGCAAUGACCCGGUUUGUAUUUGCACGCUCUGCUUUCUUACUCCUAUCUUUAGGGUCCAUGUAACGCUUCUCUGACUUUCUGUCUCUUUUUCUCUCUCGCUCUCUCUCUCUCACUCUACAACUUUUCUCUCUCUAUCUCUUAAAAUCUAUUUCUCUCUCUCUCUUGCUCCCUCCCUACUACACAGUUAUUCGGUGUACAGUACCCUCUGUCAUUCUGUGCUGGCAUGGUGCUUGUGCAACUGGGACUGCAUUUUUCGCUGAUGAGGCACAUCAAUAAUAGCGCAGGCAGCUCUUUUCUUUCUGUCCUUCCCCAGUCUCUCCACCCCCUCCAUCUUCAGUCUCUGAGGCAGUGUGGUGAGCAGGCCCAAACUCCUCUUACCUCCACAGUGUCAGGUCACCUCUCCACAACAUUAUGGAUGUUCUUUAAUCACAGCCAGGUAUAAAUCCAAAUAAUGGCCUGCAGUUAAAAUCAGACAAAUGGGUCUCUUAAUCUGUUCAGGUAAAGAUCAAUAUAUGCAAAAGGCAUGUUUCUUCUACAGAAAUAAGAUAUUUGACACAUUAUAUACAUGAUUAACUUCCCAGUAUCAUAAUUAAUAUGAUUCUUUUAAGAUUUUCAUUCAAAUGUCCCCCCGGAAGACCAACAAGAACAUGAAUGCAUGUUUUUCAGAGCUACAAUCUGGUAAACCAAGAACUAAAACAUUUUAUAUCCUGGUCUAGUUUCAGUAAUGAUAACUAUCUCGCUUGCACACAAAUAUUCCACUGUGCGUAGGUGGUGGAGAGGGAGAAGGGAAAUGGAGAGAAGUGGCCUGCUCACCUGGCUGGAGUGGCUCAUUUACUCCUGCGCUAUUAUUCAUGGAGGGGCGCUGAGGGCCGCGCCGUAGCAUCACACAGUUCCUCGCACAUCAAUGGAAAAACAGCCACAUCAGAGGGGCCAUCACUGUGACUUAGUUUUACAUUUCUUUUUGGAAAGUUUGUCCAAAAAAAGGAUUUGGUAGAUUUUUUUUUUAUCCACUUGCAGCCAAAGACAUUUACCAAUAAUUAAUUAUGCCAAUCCAGAAAACUCCUUUAGUUCAUCUGACAACAUGUGUUGCAUCAAGUGUAUUUUUCUCACUAACAAAGUCAAAGUUCCUCUUUAUAUGAUUUUUUUUUUAAAACACAUCUAAGUUAAAAGCUUUAUUGCAGUAUUUUUUUUUUUUUUUUAGAAUAACCAUAAAAGCAUAAAAGUUAAUGUAUGCCAGCUGAGCUGUGAGUACCUGAAGACAAACACACAGUGUUUUGUAUAUAAUAAUGUAAAUAGAAACGCAGGACUGCUCUGCCUCUGUAGUGUGACCUCUAAUGUGGUGGGAUUUGUGGCAGUUGUCCACAUGUCUUCCAUCUUGGAACUGUUGGUAAAUGCUUUGGCCCAGCAUCUCAGAGCCCCUCCCUUGCCACUUAUUGUGUGUGAUUUAUAGGCAGCUAGAGGUCUGUGGUACUUUAUUGGGAUCUUUUUCUUCUUUUCUCUCUUUCCUCUUUGGUCUUUUUUGCUCUUUCUCUCUAACAUUGUUUUUGCAUUGCAUGUGUUAACUUGGUAGCAUUCAGUGCUAUUUCCUCUCAACACUGUCCUAAUCGAUACUACAGUUUUCCCCCCUUUCAAAGUCAUUCCUCCCAUGUCUCCUGCCCCCUCCAACCCACCCUUCUCCUGUUCCUUCCCCUUACCUGACCUUCUCUCAGAGUGAUAUGCAGCGGGCAGCCUCAGAGCCACAGAAAGCACUCACACGCAACAUAAAUCAAAUAAACAUGUGGCCACAGGGAGUGAAAUAUCUUCAUAACAUGUUGUUUUGUAAUGGAGGCUGAGCAGAACCUGGUCACAUGAAGUACAGCAGCAAAAAGGUCCAUUUUAGCUGUAAACGCCUUCAUUGACACAGUUGUUUGUCCCUUCAUCCAAUGGUUAAAGAUUGAACACAUGGGAAAGGUCAUACUCAACAACAUGCUAGUGCUGGGUGGUAUACUAGUUCAUACUGAAAACCUGUAUUCAGUAUUUUAUACUUUUUAUGAUGUGGAUUUUGAAUGUAUGAAUAUGAAAAAUGUUUGAGGGGGACCCUUUUCAUUGCAGUUCCACCCAUGCUUAUGGCUUAGCUGGAGAAGUAUCUGUGGCAGUAAUUGCAGAAAUUAGCAAUUUCAAGCAAGAAUGUAGAGGUGAUAUACUUGCUCAUGCGUACAAAAAUACUGUUAUAUAGUGUGAAACCGUUGCAAUUUUUAAAAUACAGUGAUGUCAAUUUUUGGUCAUACCACCCAGCACUACUUUACCUUUUUGUACUUUUUUAGUGAAACCCCAAUUCUUUGAUUAAGCGCCCUACAAGGGUUCAAGGUCAUUAUUUAGGCCGUUCAAACAAAAAUGAUAAACGCACCAAAGAACAUCUUAAAGCCUUCAUCUGUACAUCAGUCUGACCCCAUGUAAAGGUAGUGGAAGAACUAGCGUUGUGUGCAAACAGAAAUGGGAGACCCCUUUACUUAUCCUCGCUAAGCUUUUGCUUGGUGAAUUGUUCUUCAGAUUUGUGAGGUAAGUAUGCAUUUUUAAGUUUUUAUUAAAACUGACUCGCAUAUCUCUGUCUCAUUUUCCCCAUCACUUGUAAUUUGUUAAUCCCUCCACUUCAAGUCUGACACGUUUUCUAUGUCACCACGCUUUGCUGUAGCUGAGAAAGCAGAAACCAGGGAGCUGCAUGAGUUUAGGAGGAGCAGCAGACAGAGCUGCUUCACCACCAGCUCAUGCCAGAAGACAUUCCUCAGGGACAUGUGAAAGGAUGAUGAGUAACUACAGCAGCCCACUUCUUACAAGACCGAUCCCUAAGGAGUCUGUCUUUAUUUGUUAUUGAAAAAAAAAUCCUACAUCUCUUAAAGUGUAGACAAUAUUAGAUGUAUGUAGAUAUUCAUAGUCAGGUUAGGUUUUGUAAUUUAAACCCCUUCCUCUUUAACAAUCUGAACCAAAGAAAUAUAUUGUAUUUACACACAAACACAAAAAUAAAUAUGAUUUCUAAAUACUCUGAGGUCUCUUGGUGGGGUCCACUGCAUAUCCCUUCCUCUAUCUAUAUGUUUUGCCAUGCACUGCGCCAAUGAUGGCACAAUGCACACUUUUACAAAACAACCCUCUCGUAGAUCUUUUGUUCGGAUAACAUAACAUUUCCUAUUUUUUUUUUCUUUCUCUUGUAUUAACACUCCACUGGUGGAUUUAUUGACAUGCCUCCUUUUCUGUUUGUAUACAGUAUUAUGUUUGUUUAAAAGCAGAGAGAGAUUUGCAUUUUUUAAGAUCUAGAGAAGCUAGCAGAAUUGCAGUUGAAAGCGUUUGGCCGGUUUCUUACGUUGUGUCACGUGUGACUGUUUUUUUGACAGCCCAGUAUUUUAAAGCCAGGUUCGUAUGGAAAUGCCUUCACUCCACUUGCACUGCUGUUGGACUCGCCGUCGUUGCUUUCAUCCGUCUGUCUGUCAGUUCUUUUGGUGCACUCAUCUGUUGUUCAACAUGCAGUCUGCGCUUCAUCUCCGCCCAUUUUUCCUGAGCUCUUUUUGGACUGUUUCUUUAUUAGUAUUAGCAAUUGUGAUUGGUGCCUCAUCCAGCCUGCAUCCAAUUUCAGCAAUAGCAUAAAAUGUGAGCAAUUUGGAAGUAUAGCUUUCAUCGUAAAACUCUUCAGACCUCUAGCCAAGUAUUUUUAAUGAUGCAUUUUUAUUUCCCUCCUUGCUCCAAACCUCCAAGUUAAUAUGAAUGUUUCUGUGCACCUUAAUAUUGCAGUAUGGGACAGAAGCAAUGCCCAAUGUCAGUGGGAGGGGAGGCAUUCACUGCAGCAAAUUCUGCAGUGUUCUCUUUCACAGUUAAGUCAGGGGACAUUUUGUCGACCAGGCAGAAGGAAACAAACGUUUCUAGACACACAGUCUCUAAUUCUACGAUUAGGAUCCUAUGAUAUAUCCAGAUACUGACGGGCAGGGACAAGUCGUACACACUGGUAGAAUGAUAAUGCAGAUGUCUGUGUUCGAGUUAUGGACUGAUAAAGGCAGUCCUCUCCCCACAAUGCAAGGCCUAGCUCAGAUUCCUCUCUUAUCUCAUUCCACAGCGGAAGGGAUGUGACAGUUGAAGAGCUCAAACAUCAUGAAAUGGGGGGGGGGGGGGGGACAAACCUCAACAGAAACAGGAAGUGUGACAGUUAACUCUACCUCUAUGGUAUUGGAGGAAAACAUCACCUCAAUGUUUUUGAAUAUGUUCAAUUGAUUCAUCAUGGUGAAGCACCACUUCAUGGUUCUUACAACCAACAUACUUUCAAAAUGUUAAGUAGGGCAAAGGAAGGCAACAGUUCGCUCUGAAAUAACAGGGGUUUAAAUCCAAAUGAGACUCAAUUUUGUCCCAAUUGAGACCUUGUUGGGUGGAGAUGCAGCGUGUGCUGUGUGUGUGACUGCCACUCCCUUUCACAUGCACUAACCCAUACAAGCCCAGCUCACCUCCACCACCCUUCAAACUCACCUUCACCAUGGCUCAGCCUGCUCUGUUCUGCCCCUGUGUCCUGACCACCUCGUUUUUUUUUUGUCAAAGAGAACUAAUUGAGCCCUGUUGAGCCAUCACCUUCCUCUCUGUGCCUGAUCCACCUGAGACUAACACAGUUGGAGUUCUGUUAACCCACCCUCCAGCCCUCAGUCCGCCCCGCCUCUCUGUAUGUGUACCAUUCACAGUGCGCUACUAACACCGACGAUCCUUUUUGUUAAAUGCUCUUUAACAAAAAGCUGCAUGCCGUUUUUUUUUCCAGUUUUGUUCCAACCCCCUCACUUUCUGUUUGUGAAAGUUGAUGUCAAUCUAUUUGUGAUUUUAAAUAUCCUUUUAUGUUUGGUUUGUAUGUUUUUCGUAGAAUGCAGCACUCUGGUGAAUGUUAGACAAGCUUGGAAUAGUUAUAAUCACAACAGAAAAAAAACAAAAUCACUGCUUAUUAAGAAAUCUCAUUGUCUCCCGUUAAUUUGUGCUUGACGAUGUAAUGUAGUGUGUAGUGGUGGGACGGUCUUGCAUUUCACUCGUGUUUUUAUUUUUCUGUUGUUGACCCACACUAGUGAUACCAGUCUCAGACAUGCCCAUUGGGCCCCACGGUGUACUAGGAAUUCCUCUUGUGUAUGUUCCUUGCACUCCUCUUUAGCCUCUAUGAUUCAUUAACAUUUGCCUGGUUUUGCCCAUAUUAUUGUCAUUAUGGUGUGUUAACACUAAGUAUGAAGUGAGGUUUUUUUUGAGCAAUGAGAUUACACACAAAGGCAGUGCAAAGAUGUGAAUAGACACAGAUUUCAUGUGGAGCAACACAAAAACAUUUAAUAAUGUGAAAAUCGCACCAUUCGCUCUUCUUUCUGAAAGGACUAGUGUGCAACAUGUGGAAGGGUAUAUUGGCAGAUAUAAGUUAAAUAACUUUUAGAUCAAACUGGAAGGCAGCAUUACACCUCUCAGUGUACAGCCUGCUUGAAAUGAUGUCCUUCAGGCAAAGGCACAAGCCCAAAUGCCCAAACCAGCCAGAGUGUGCAUUUCCCACAUAAGCUUCAGCAUCACAGCACAACAACAGCCUUUCUGGCAUGUGAAGUCCACAUAGUCCUCCGUUUGUUACAGUCUGCAGGCUUGAAUGUUAAAGCAACUGUGCAAAAAGUUAUGUGAUGUAACUAUAUUGCAGUCUGUAAAGGUCAUUAUGUCUUUAGUAUGUUUUGGAGGGUUAUGCAUGUUAACAGCAUGAAUUCUUGGUUUAAGAUAAAAAAAAAAAGCAUGAAUGUGGUUGGGAACAGACCGUUGAAAACCGAGCAGAGAUGUUGGAGGUGUCCAAGAACAUAUACAAUGGUUAUUUCUAGUAUAUCUAAUGGGGCUACAUGCACACAAUGUCUCCCUCUCUUCACCUGCACACCCACAUACCCCCCCCCCCCCUCACAUGUGCUUAUUCUAUCCACCCUGGGCCUUGUAAUGGUAAUCCAAGGCCCACUAGCUCCACUUCGGCCUCUUCCUCUCGCUGUAUUUCUUUGUGACAGCUGCAUACUUGUCAUGGUGCUCCCCUUGUCAUGGUUACGGAAUCACAGCAAGCUUGGAGUUUCUGGUCUUCGUUUUUGUUAAUGCAAGAUUUCCAUACCUGUUUUGUGUCCCGUUCUUUGUGUACUAAGAUCUUGCUCUGUAGUGGUUCGUAUAUAUAUGUAUGCGUGUGAUACAUAUAUUACCCUGUCCUUCCUUCCUUCCUUCCUUCCUCCUCCACCUCUUAACUUCUCAGUUAAUGGAUGUGACUUGUUAUCUUUACCAUCCUAAACCCCCCCCCCCCCCCAAAAUGCUCAUGCCCAAUUCCUUUGCCUUUAAAACUGCACUCCCAUUACACAAAGGUGUCUUGUAGCUUACAGGCUACACUUAGCCUCAUGUAUUCAUUAUAGUGGAAAACCUAUUCUUCCGCUCAGCGUCCCCUCCCUCUAUCUCCCCAACCCAACCCCAACUACCACUCCUUGUACUGUAAGACACUGAUGUUAUAUGCUGUAGGUGAUGUGGAUGAUGAUAAUGAUGAUGGUGAUGGUGGUGGUGGUUGUGCUGAUGAUGAUAGUGUGAUCUGAGUGUUUUUAUUUUGUUUUGUUUGUUAUUUUGACCCGUGCCCACGGGGAAAGCUCCUCUUAUUAUUGGAAUAUUUUUGGUUUUUUUCUCCUCUCUUCUCUCUGCUAGGAUAACAUCGGGCACCGGCUACUUCAGAAACAUGGCUGGAAGCUCGGACAAGGCCUUGGCAAAACCAUGCAGGCGAUUUGAUCCUGCCCAUGUUGUGCUGAUGGUAAACUUAGUGGACGCACCGACCCUGUGCCCAUUAUCCUCAAAUAUGAUGUCAUGGGAAUGGGCCGGAUGGAAAUGGAGCUUGACUAUGCAGAGGAUGCCACAGAGAAGAGAAGGGUGCUCGAAGUGGAGAAGGAGGAUACAGAGGAACUGCGGCAAAAAUACAAGGACCAGGUGGAAAAGGAGAAAGCCAUUGCAAAGGCUCUGGAAGACCUGAGAGCCAAUUUCUACUGUGAGCUAUGUGACAAACAGUACACCAAGCACCAGGAAUUUGACAACCACAUUAACUCCUAUGACCAUGCUCACAAACAGAGGCUCAAAGAGCUGAAGCAGAGAGAGUUUGCUCGUAAUGUGUCGUCGCGUUCCAGGAAAGGCGGAAAGAAGCAUGAAAAGAUGCUGCGCAGACUGCACGAGCUGGCAGAGCAGAGGAAACAUCAGGACUGUACUCCAGGGAGUGGCCCCAUGUUCAAAACUACCACAGUUGCUGUUGAUGGAGAGAAGGGAGAAGAUGGUGACAUCAUGACACCUGAGAACCCUGUCUUGCCGAUGGUGGCAGAGAGUACCCUGGAAGCACCAAUCCCGGACAAAGCUGGGCAAGCCUCCCCGAAACCUACUUCUGCCAUCAGCUUCUCUUUGGGAAAGAACAGCUCCUUGUCUCCAACCCCGAGUGGUGCAUCCAAAGUCAGCGUGUCCUUCUCAUUUGCCAAGAAAGCCCCAGUAAAGCUAGAGACAGCAGCUGCAGUGUUUGCUGAUCACGGUGAGGAGGCUAUGGAAGAAGAGGAGAGCCAGGAGGGGGAAAAGGCUGGAAGUCAAGAGGAGGCAUCUGUCUGUGGAACAGAGAGUCCCAAGGGAGCAUCAGAAGGAGGUGAAGGAGGGGAGGUUGUCAUUGUGGCAGGGACAGAAGAGGUGCAGCAGCCUGAUGAUGGAGGCUCUCUGGCCUCCACCCUCAACAAACUUAAGAUGAUGAUGAAAAAGGAGGAAGGAUAUGCUGGACAGGAGCCUCAGUAUUAUCACUAUAUACCUCCAGCUCACUGCCGUGUAAAACCUCACUUCCAGUUUUUGCUGUUCAUGAAGGCCUCUGACCAGUGUCCGAGCAAAGAGGAGGAAGAUGAGGAAGAGGAAGGUAUGGAGGAGAAAAAGGUUGAAGAUAACCCUGAAGAGCCAGAAGCCACUGUCACUGAUUGUAAUACUGAACAAGAACAAGAACAAGAACAAGACAAUGCCUCUUCAACCCCCAAGUCUGAGCCAACUCCUCCAUCACCUAAAGUGACAGAAGAGGUCUCCUCAUGUGCAGCAGAUCCAGCUUCCACAGAACCCUCUCCACCGGCACAAAAAGCAGAGACCACACAGGAAACUGUGGAUUCUAACUUGGGCCCGAAAAUCCCCACUGGUCCCUUCUUCCCAGUUCUUAGCAAAGAUGAGAGCACUACCUUGCAGUGGCCCUCCGAGCUCCUUGAAUUCACAAAAGCUCAGCCUUCUUUGUCUUACAGCUGCAAUCCUCUCUACUUUGACUUCAAGCUGUCCCGCAACAAAGGAGUGCGUGGCGGGAAAACCACAAAGUCCCCCAAGCCCGAGGAAUCUGAUGGCAAGGGACAAGAAGUACCGAUUUCAACAGCCGAAGUAGACGCAACUACGAAACCCAGGGCCAGCACGGACAAAGAUAAGCAGAUGAUAAAGGGAGAAACUGGGCAAUUGGGAGGUGAUGAGCCAAAGCCUGCAAGUGGCAGCAGUAGUGCAAAGAAAAAGAAGAAAAAGAAGAAGCACAAGAAGUCUGCCAAGCACUCAAAACGUAAAGACAAAGAAAAGGGAGCAACAGAAGAUGCAGAAGGAGAGACAGAGGUAUCGCAAGAAAAGCCCAAAAAGAAGAAAAAACACAAACGGAAGAAGAGUAAAAACAAAGCUCCUGAUCAGGAAGAGGCAACAGGUGAUGACAAAGCAAAACCAAAGUCUGACGACAAAGCCAUUUCAUCCUCUGUCCAAGUGACGACAGGAGGCGGAGGAGCGGCCGGAAAUACAGGUACAGAACCGGGAAAGAGGAAACGUGCUAAUAAAGAAGUGCCUUGUAAAUCCGGAGCAGAGGAAGGAGGAAUCAAAAAAAGUAGUGAGAAGACCAACACAGAUGAGCACAGUGGCACCAAGCGACAAAAGACAGAGUCCAGUGCAUCUCAAAGUGCCUCCUGCUCCACCUCAGCCCAGAAGAGUCCUGGUCCUGGCAGACCUCCCAGCAGUGAGAGUGAGGAAGAAGGAGGCUCCAACACUCAACGCUCACGCCAUCACAGGUCAAGUCCCCGGGAUCAACGCCGCCACCAUAGUGAGGAAUCACGGCGGUCCUGCAGUCGUUCAUCAAGACGAGGGGACAGACGGGGCAGCAGUCGUCGGCGCCAUCGUGGCCAAACCUCCCGUAGUCACUCUUACUCCAGCAGCUCUGAACGCUCCUCAGCGGGCAGCAGUGCCUACAGCCACCGUAGCCGCAGCUACUCUGACAGCUACAGUGACUACAGCACAGAGGGUCGCAGGCGGCGGCGCUCCAAACGUUCAUCAGACUCCGAAUAUGAGCGGCGGGGAAGCCGGGGACGAAGACGAUCGAGGCGACACCAAUACUCUUCUUCAUCCUCAGACGACUCCCGCUCACGUUCACGCAGCUACAGCCGCAGAAAAAGACACAGGCGGCACCACCGGAGCAGCUCGAGAAGCUCCAGCAGCUGGAGCCGCAGCACCAGCGCAAGAUCCUGGAGGCGUAGCUACAGCCGAAGCCGCAGCUCGGCCAGCCGCUCCUCCAGUUCAGCCAAAGGCUCGCCUCAGAGACGAGGCGCCAGAGGUCGAGGCGACAGUGACGCUAAACGCAGAGAUUUCAUCCGCUCACGGAUCUACCGCUCCCAGUCUCCACGAUCAUCGACGUCUCGAGGCCUUAACCGCAACAGCCAUUCAUCCAGCUCGCAGGGUCUGAGGCCAAGUGGGACCAGGGGAGAUGCAGGGGAACAUAAAAACAGCCUUACUGCACGCCAACUUCUCGAGAAGGUUCAGUCUAAAAAGAGUUCUGAUGAUUCUGCCACUGGAACAAAGUCUGGUACUAAGAUCAAAGACCCACCACAGGGUUUCUUUGGUCCCAAACUACCACCGACCCUGGGAAGUAAAGCCAUGCUUCCACUUUUUGGUAAGCUGCAGGCUGGGAAGAAACCGUUGAUUCCCUUAACCAGGCCAGAUGAAGGUGACAAAUCAGGUGCAGGGAAAGAUUCUGAAGCUGACAGAGAGGUCAUCUUGGUAGAACCUAUUAGAGAGUUCCCUCCUCCACCACCACCCCCAGCUCCACCUGUCCAAAAGGUUGAGGAAGCCCCUCAGACCACAGUUGUACAAGAAGAGACGCAGCACCCUACUACAGAAGCCCAAGUGCAGCAAGAACCCCGUCCACUGUUUGAACAGGACCCCGCCAUGAUGAUGCCUCAGUACCAAGGAGAGCCAGGACAGGAACCCCCGCAGAACCCAAUGAUGGAGUCCCUCAUGCCAGAAAUGCAGCAACAGCAGCAGCCCCAAAUGCAUGCCUACCCCGCUUAUCCUCCGCCCAACCUGGAGGAGGAUGGCAUGGAGGCAGAGGAGGAUGGACUGGCUCCGCUGGAGAGUCAGCCCAUUACAUUCACACCUGAGGAGAUGGAGAAAUACAGCAAGCUGCAGCAGGCCGCACAGCAGCACAUCCAGCAGCAGCUUUUAGCCAAGCAAGUCAAGACGUUUCCCUCCGCUGCUGCCGCUGCAGCGGCCGCAGCCGCAGCGGCCGCCAACAUGACCCCGGCUCCGCCUCCACAAGCUCUGCAGCAGAUCCACAUCCAACAGCCAACUGUGUCCAUGGCCUCCGGCACGUCAAUCACCACAGUGCAACAUGCCAUCCUGCAGCACCAUGCUGCUGCCAUGGGCAUACACCCAGCACACACCCAUCAUCCACACCACGCACACGCUCAGUUGGCCCAGGUUCACCAUAUUCCCCAGCACCACCUGACCCCCAUCUCCCUGUCUCCUCUAGGCCACAGCCUUGGUCCCUCUCUGGGACACUCACUGGGUCACACCGGACUGAUUCCUGCCCACCCGACAGCCUUCCUCUCUGGCCAGCCUAUACAUAUUAUCCCAGCCUCCGCACUUCACCACACACCUUUAGCUCUUCACCACCUCCCACAUGCCGCCCUCUACCCCACGCUGUUCACACCCCGGCCCUCGCAGGCCGCCGCAGCUGCGGCGCUCCAGCUCCACCCACUCCUACACCCAAUCUUUUCAGGGCAGGACCUCCAGCACCCACCUAAUCAUGGGUCAUGACUAUUGAGGAGAAAUGCAAGUUUAAAUCGCAGAUUUCGGUGAAAAGACUUUAACCCAAACUUUUCGGUUUGGUCUUUUUAGAUAAAGUCUUAGAAACGAAACACAGUCGGCGUUGACAGGAAGCUCAUCAAACCACCAUUUUUUCCUAAUGGCCUACACAGUGCAGUGAAGUUGUAGCCACAAAGUGGUGCUGCCUGUGUUGGCUUUAUAAGCGACACAAAGACUUUUUUUUCCUUCAUGGUUUUUCCUGCAAUUUGAAAGCAGGACGUCAGUUUAAAGACACUGGUUUAUAUUCCCUCUAAGGGGCGGGGGAUAUUAACAAGAACCCAGUUUUUUUGUUGACAAAUCAGAGAAACCACUGGAGCUUUGUUUUUGUUGGUGUUCCGCAUUAAAAUAUCAUCAGUUUUUGCUUACUUCGGUAGCCAAAGAGACGUAUGACGGCUGAUGCUUAAAAGCCGAAUCCUGUUAGAGGAUGAGAAGGAGGAGGUGUUGUUACUAGAGUCAAACAGCUUCAACUAACGUUAACAUCACACGUACUAUUUCAUAUUUACUGAUGUUCCUUUGUGUUCUCACAUGACUACUCGCUUUCUGUUGGAUCCCUCUCUUCCUAAGCUAAUUUUUACUGCAGUGUCUUGUACAUAUAUCAGUGUGUAAUGUGAAGAAUCCCACCCAGUGAUAAUCAUAUGUAAUUACAGCCACGUCCCAAUCAACAUGACAUCGUCACUUACGAACCCCCCGGCUCCUAAAGCCAAGGUGAAAUGUGAUGUAGGGGGUGUUAAAAUCCCCCCGAUGCUCAGAGGCAAAGCUCCCGCUCUCUGUGGUGAGGGUACACCUGAAUGAAUUGCACUGAAAUCUGUACAUCAAGAUGGUGCUUUUGCACCAUGUAACAAUAAGAUUGUAGUAUACUGCAAUAACUGUACUUUUUUUCUUCUGUUUUUAAAUUAUUUUCCAAAAUGCUCUUCAGGAGAAGGGUUGUUUGUGUUUUUGUUUGUUUUUCUUUUGUGUAAUUUUGUAAAUAAAACUGCUGUAGAUUAACCUAUUAACGUUGUAGAAGGUUGACACUGUUGUUGGGGGGGAAACAGAAAAAGAAGUUUGAUGGAGGGGAAGAUCUAUGAAAAAAAAAAGAAAAGAAAAAGACGCCCAUGUAUUUUACUGAGGACUAUUUCUAAGCCGACCCUGGCUGAGAUGGAGAAGGAUUAGUGCACAGAAGCGACUCUGUAUUUUUUAAAGAUCUAACUCUGUUUCAGCAAAUAAAAUCUUGAGUUCA